AUGUCCCCUCGUACAGUCGACGAGCACACUCGCAGGCCCAAGGGCUCAACAGCAUGGUACAACGAACAAGCACCGCCGUUCGCACUCUGGGUUGCUGGAAACGAUGACCUCGUCGACGGCAAGAAACUCCUACGCAGAUUCGAGAGAGGCCGCGAGCCGCAUCUCCAGGUGGUUCACAGCAAGGUCAUUGAUGAGUACGAGCACCUUGAUGUUAUCUGGGCUAUGGAUGCCCCGCAGCAGGUGUUUACCGAAAUCCGCGAGGUUCUGUGGAAGACUUGCAAUGCGCGGGACAAGUGUCGCAUUCCCAAAGGCUGCGAGGACGUGGCGAAGUGGGUGCCGCCAGCAGCCAAGGCCGUCAACGGGGACACAGAGGAGAGUCAGUCGAGCAGUGACGAUACCGAGUAG